AUGGAUGGUUCAAGCCAAGGCACCGCAAAACUCAGAAUACCAGAACUGAGCCAGCCUCCUCACUGCUUGUCCUAUACCGCAGUCCUAGAACAGCUUUCAACCGAUCCAGACGACGGGCUGACAAGCGCUGAGGCUCGCUCACGUCUGGACACUUAUGGACAUAACCGCCUGGAGGAGGGCGAAGGACUCUCAAUUGGGAAAAUACUAUUGCGACAAAUCGCGAAUGCGAUGAUGCUUGUAUUAAUCUUAGCAAUGGCCGUCAGCUUCGGCAUCCAGUCUUGGAUCGAGGGUGGCGUUAUCGCUGGCAUUAUUGGGUUGAAUAUCGUCGUCGGCUUCUUCCAGGAGUACGCGGCGGAGAGGACGAUGGCGUCUCUGCGAUCGCUGACAACGCCUAGUGGAACCGUGUCCAGGGAUGGCAGUACGGCUGUCAUUCCUGCCAUUGAAAUUGUCCCCGGGGACAUUGUUGAAGUGAAGACAGGCGAAAUGAUCCCGGCUGAUCUGAGGCUGAUUGAGGUUGUCAAUUUCGAGACAGAUGAGGCACUCCUGACGGGCGAAUCUCUGCCUGUUCAGAAGGACUCCGAGCCAACGUUCGAAGAGGAUACGGGUCCUGGUGAUCGACUGAAUAUCGCGUAUAGCUCGAGUACUGUGACUAGGGGCCGAGCAAGGGGUAUUGCUAUUGCAACAGGCAUGGGCACAGAAAUAGGGAAGAUCGCUUCAGCACUGCGUGCCAGCGGACAAAAACGCCGACCCGUGAAGCGUGGACCUAGUGGUGAGACUAAAAAACGAUGGCAUAUCCAAGCAUGGGUGUUAACUGGUACUGACGCAAUUGGCCGCUUCCUCGGGGUGAAUGCUGGGACCCCUCUACAAAGGAAAUUGUCUAGGCUGGCAGUUGCUUUGUUCGGUAUUGCAGUUAUUUUUGCUAUUGUGGUGAUGAGCGCAAACUACUGGAGGGAUAAUAAUGAGGUGAUUCUCUACGCUGUCGCAACAGGGCUUAGCAUGAUCCCCGCCUGUCUUGUGGUAGUACUCACGAUUACCAUGGCAGUAGGGACAAAACGGAUGGUGCAGCGCCAUGUUAUUGUCCGAAAACUAAGCUCUCUCGAGGCCCUUGGAGCCGUAACAAAUAUAUGCUCUGAUAAGACAGGCACUUUGACCCAGGGCAAAAUGAUUGUGAAACAGGCGUGGGUUGCUUCUCAGGGGACUUAUUCCCUUGAGGGCGCCAGUGAACCUUUCAAUCCGACAGUUGGAGAGAUCAGCUUCCAGGGACUGGCUCCAAGGAGUAUUGAUGAGGAGAAGAUGACUGUUGAGACGAAAAAGCCUGACGAACUGCUGGCCGACAACAAAGAGCUCGAAGACUACCUCAACGUCUGCUCGUUGGCCAACUUAGCCCAUGUCUACCAGAAACACAAAGGCGGCGAGGGCAAUGAAUGGCAUGCACGGGGAGAGCCCACUGAGAUUGCCCUUCAAGUCUUUGCAUCUAGAUUCUCUUGGGACCGGGACCGCCUGACCAAGGGCGACGAUGCGAACUGGACGCCAAAAGUGGAGUUUCCGUUUGACUCAGAUAUCAAGCGGAUGACCGUUGUUUACAAUAACAAUACCAAGAAAAAGUCUGUGGCAUUCACGAAAGGCGCUGUUGAGCGCAUCCUGGAGAGAUGCUCCGAAAUUAUCUUAAAGCAAAAUUACCCGCCAAAUAUGCUGUCCGAUGAGCAUCGUGAGCAGGUCAUUAAGAAUAUGGAAGCUCUAACACGAAUGGGCCUUCGAGUCCUCGCCCUUGCGAAGAGAGACGCUGUUCCAGAUACGGAAGACCGGGCGGAGGUCGAGGAAGAUCUUUGCUUCCUUGGCUUGGUCGGCAUUUACGAUCCGCCUAGACCUGAGUCUGCCAGGGCCGUUGAGCUAUGUCACCAGGCGGGCAUAUCAGUGCACAUGUUGACGGGCGAUCACCCUGGAACUGCAGAAAAGAUUGCGCAGCAGGUGGGCAUACUACCCGAUCUUCAGCAGGUCGCUGCGGAUGUUGCACGGACUAUGAUCUUUACUGGCAGCCAUUUCGAUAACUUAUCGGAGGAAGAAGUUGAUGCCCUUCCUCUUUUACCCCGUGUCAUCGCCCGCUGUGCGCCACAGACUAAAGUUAACAUGAUCAACGCACUUCACAGGCGCGGGCGCUUUGUUGCAAUGACAGGAGAUGGUGUUAAUGAUUCUCCAUCUCUAAAAAACGCGGAUGUGGGAAUUGCUAUGGGACAGAGUGGUUCAGAUGUGGCCAAAGAUGCUUCAGAUAUUGUGCUGACUGACGAUAAUUUCGCAUCUAUUCUAAAUGCAAUUGAGGAAGGCCGUCGGAUUUUUGAUAAUAUUCAAAGAUUUGUGCUACAUCUACUAUCAGAGAAUAUCGCUCAGGCGUGCACCCUAUUAAUUGGCCUUGCGUUUAAGGAUGAAAGUGACCAAUCAGUCUUUCCACUAUCACCAGUGGAAAUUCUCUGGGUUAUUAUGAUUACUUCUGGCCUACCAGACAUGGGACUUGGUAUGGAAAUCGCGGCUCCAGAUAUCAUGGAUCGGCCUCCGCAAAGCAAAAAGGGAAUUUUUACAUGGGAGGUGGUCGUAGAUAUCCUUGUUUAUGGCCUUUGGAUGGCCGCGCUGUGUCUCUCGUCAUUCUCACUAGUGAUAUGGGGCUUUGGCGACGGCGACCUUGGCCUGAACUGCAACAGAAAUUUCAACUCACAGUGCGAGCCUGUGUUUCGUGCACGCGCAACAACUUUUAUUUCACUCACGUGGUUUGCCCUAUUUCUUGCAUGGGAAAUGGUUGACAUGCGCCGAUCAUUCUUCCGCAUGCAACCAGACUCGAAACGGUAUUUCACUCAGUGGAUGUUUGAUGCCUGGCGGAAUAAGUUCUUGUUUUGGGCAAUCAUAGCAGGUUUUAUCUUAGUAUUUCCUGUUUUGUAUAUUCCUGUUAUCAAUCAUGAUGUCUUCAAGCACACUGGUAUAUCAUGGGAAUGGGGAGUAGUUGGCGUGGAGACUAUUUUAUUUUUCGCGGGCGUGGAAAGCUGGAAAUGGGCCAAGCGGAUCUUUUUCAGAAGACCCAGGAAAGCACGGCAGGAAGGCUCUCCUUCAGAGAUAGCCUAG